AUGUCUCUCCUCCACAAUGAAGACUUCACCAUCUGGCAGCUACGCUCAUCCUACCUCUCCGCAAUCAAAGACGGCAUUGGCGAUCGCCUGAUCAAUGUCAACAAUGCCGUACUCAACACUCCUGGUUUCCGUGCUGCAGGCUGGUCUGCCGUUCCGCCCAACGGUACCAACAAUGUCGCACACCCUAAGCGUUCCUACUCCCCGCCGAUCCCCACCACCGCCGCAGUCUCCUCCGAAUACUAUCGAUUAGCUGUACGUGACGCAAAUGCGGCACGGGAAGAACUCCAGGGAUUAGGCCUUGAAGAUGGCGAGGAUGAAGAGGGUGGGAUGGUCACCGGGAAAAGCAACCUCGACCUCACCUCACGACGAGCUCUCGCGCGGAGUGGGAAGAAGAAAGCUCGUCGUGACCGUCACCAGGAAGCUCAACGGCAAGCAGACGCGGAGGACGACGAUAGCAGCGAUCUAUCUGAUGAGAGUGACGACGAGAUUGAAGAAGGGCCAAGACCGAUCGAUCGUAUCAAUUUCUCCAAAAUGCCUAUUCGACGAGAUAGAGCAGACUCAUCGCCAAGGCGGUCCACAGAGCCGCAAGAACGACCAGAAGUGAUGAUCACCGCGCCGUCCACCCAGAACCUCGCAGCUCAUCAACGCACGGGAUCGCUGGAGACGCCUCCUUCUGGAAGAACCCGACGACCACGACGAGACACGACCACAAGCAGUGAAUUAUCGACUGAUAACGAAUUAGACUCCCAGAAUCCCCGGCCUGGUCAAGUACAAUUCACUAACCAGGACCAAAUCCUGGACCGUCCUCGAAAUCGACGUGUACGGACUGGUAGCCGGGGCGCAGAUAGCAUUGCCCUUGAAGAUCUGCAGGAGCAGGACGAAGACUCUGGUGCAGAGUCUGUGGGCUCCGCUCUGUCUUCCGAGUUCGAUGCUACUGCGGGAUCUGGCUCACUCCUGCUGGCUGGAGUGGGUAUCAACGGCAGCUUGGACUCUUCUUCACCUAUGAUGCUGAUGCAUAAGCUGCCCGCUGGGACCGGACCAGAGAAUGCGCCCCACCAUAAAUCCAAGACGACACCUACGCCCGAGCUGCAGGACCUACCUCCUCCACGACCUAUCAGUACCCUGCAACCUGUUAGCUUGCUAACGAAGCAAUUGAACUCGCGCAAGCGCGCACCAAGUAACCCAGUGGAGAAGUUCAUGGUCUUAUCGGGAUCCGGCCAAGCUGAUCCGUUGUACUUGAAGAUCUACGUCCCCUUCUCAUCCGACCCAGAGGAACCACUGGAUUUGCCCGUUGUGCGCGAGUCUAAGCUUUCAGAACAACCUGCCCCAGUUACAGUCACCGAGACGAUUGGACUUGCGCUGUGGAAAUACUCAGAAGAUUCCCGAGACCCUCCCUUGGAUCGAAAAAAGUUGACGGUCAACCGGUGGACGUUGCGUAUGGUCGAUGAUGGAGAAGUUGACUACGACUUCCCGGCAUUGGGUCGGACACUCCCCAUGGCGGACUUCACAUCCAACAACAACCAAGCUGCAAAGGCGCGCGGGCGCUCACGUGGGAAACCAUACGAUGAGUUUGCCCUGGUGGAGGCCUCGGAGGCCGAAUUCGAAGAGAACGAGCGUCUUCAUCCGCAAUACAGCCACAACCUCGGCUCCGAAGAAAGUGACCAGCCUGCCAGUCUCCCAUUGCCGGCGGCUCAACCUUCCCCGUCUAUCAAAGCUCCCACUGCACGUCCGAACCCAAUUCUUGGCCAACCGUUCUCAUCUGCGCUGAAUGACAAUACUCUAACACCUGCGGACCGACCUGUUGUCCCUGUGUCUCAUGCAACACCUCGCCUUGGUGUGAGCAAGACUCUGAAGAUCCGUUUCAUGAACCUUGAAGGCUCAGCUCAUAUUAUGACUCUCAACACUUCAACCGAUAGUUACAUUGCGGAGAUCUUAGACACGGUCUGCAAACGCUGGGGCUUGGACAAGGGAAACUACCUUCUUAAAGUGAUGGGAUCUAGUACAGUUGCCCCGCUAGACCGAACAGUCGAAGCACUCGGAAACAUUGUCGAGCUAGAUCUUGUCCGUCGGCGCUUCGGAACGGGCCCACUCGCCCUCGGUGGAUCUCCUGGCAGCUCAUCACCCAAUGCACCCUUGAUGGUGAACAACGGCGAGCAGGCGCCUGUAAAGAAGGGCAAAAAAGGCAACAGUGCGCUGCCUUCUUCGUCUCAGAAACAGGAUCUCAUUGGUGGCUAUUACCGCCGCUAUCACGUUUAUCGCAAGCAACCCAUGUCUUUUACUGCCGCAAACCACAGGAUCCUCACCUUCGAUAACGACUACAUGCAUAUUGUACCCGGAGAGAGUGGCAAGGCUGCUUCGGACACCAAGAGUCGCUCUAUCAAUUUCAACGACGUGGUGGGUUGUAAGGUCAGCCGGCGCCACCCCAAAAGUUUCCGAGUAGUUGUCCUGCGAGGCAAUGAUGCCACAGAGCAGAAGAGAUAUGACUUUGAAGCUCGCAAUGCUCUCGAAGCCGUUGAGAUCGUGGAUGAGAUCAAGAAAAACAUGGCUCAUUAUCGCAUUUGA